AUGAUCCUGGAGUGUGUAGAGGAUGGUUUCGGUCGAGAUGCGAUGGGUGGCAUAGAAUGUGUGAUGGAUGGAUGUGGUGAAUGCAAAGGAACAGAGGCGCCUGAGUUUCCAUGCUUGAUGGAUGUAUAUGAUGAUGAUGAGAUAUGCAGGGUUUAUAUGCGGUGCAUUGAGAAUAGUAAAAGACCGAUUAGUCCAGAAAUGUGUAUUGAUCCAAGGCACUUUUAUGAAAGGAAGAGCGAAGUGUGUGCGAGCAAAGACGACAUAUGCAAUGAGCAGGAGGAGGUGAGUGAUGUAAAGAUGGAUGUAAGAUCAAAGCCAUCGUUUUCGUAUGCACAGAUAAUAACACAGGCAAUAGUGACCAGUGAGAAUGGUAAGCUUACACUGAACGAGAUAUAUCAAUGGAUUGAGAAUUCGUUUGAGUAUUACAGGUAUGCAAAUCCUGUAUGGAAAAACUCAAUUAGACACAACUUGUCAUUGAACAAAUGCUUCAAGAAGGUUCCUAGAGACCCUGGUGCACGAGGAAAGGGGGGUAGAUGGACGCUUGAUCAUGAGGUUCUCACAAACGAAGAUGCAUUCAAGAAGAAAAAGGCGCCUAGAUGUGAUGGCACAAUUGAUGAAUCGGCUCAGGCACAAUCCAAACAAUGCAUCGAGCCGGAAUAUGGCCUUUCAGACGAGCAGGAUGAUGAAGCAAAUCGUGCUUUUGGAAUAAUGACGCCUGAGAACUUGAUGAGGCAGAUGAGUAAGUUGAUUGUGCCCAGCAUUGGCUCAGGCAGUAGUGUAAAAUAA